AUGAGCCUGACUUGGAGCCAUUGGUAUUGCAGCGGAUGCGACGGGCGAUCCGCUCGGGGACGUUACCAAUUCGUCUUUGCGCAGAAUGGGGUGGAAGCGCUCGAAACGCUCAAUCAGGACAACGAAAUCGAUAUGGUGUUGUCCGACAUCAACAUGCCCCAGAUGGAUGGGUUGGCGUUGUUGUCGCAUAUACCCGAGGUGGCGCCCGACAUACAUGCCGUGAUCAUCUCCGCUUAUGGAGAUAUGAAAAACAUUCGCUCCGCUAUGAACCUUGGGGCGUUCGAUUUCGUCACCAAACCGGUCGAUUUUGAAGACCUGCGAAUAACCAUUGAGCGGGCGUUGACCAACCUUGAAGCGUGGCGAGCGGCAACGGCGUCACGGGAGCGGCUGGUCGCCUUGGAAAACGAGCUCGACGUCGCCAACAAAAUGCAGCAGUCGAUCCUGCCCACGGAAUUCCCUCGUUUCCCAGGAUUUCAGAUACACGGGAGCAUGACCCCCGCCAGGGUGGUGGGAGGCGACUUUUUCGACGUUAUUUACCUGAACAACGGUCGCAUCGGGCUGGCCGUAGCGGACGUUUCGGACAAGGGGGUGCCCGCCGCGCUUUUCAUGAUGGCCAGCCGCACCCUCCUCAAGAGCGCGGCCAUGGGGCUCAAGUCCCCGCGCGAGGUCCUCUCUGAAGUAAAUGACCUGCUGUACGACGAUAACGACGCCAUGAUGUUCGUCACCCUUUUCUACGCGGUGUACGAUCCGACGACCGGUGAAAUGAACUACGCCAACGGCGGUCACAAUGCUCCUCUCGUCGUCCAUGUUGAUGGCACUUCGACGGUGCUGCCUGGUACCAAUGGGAUCGCGUUGGGCGUAAUGCCGGGCAUGAAUUAUGACGAAACAACGAUCUCCAUCGCCGCGGGCGAUACCGUUGUUUUCUACACUGACGGUGUCACCGAGGCCGUGAAUGAGGGCGACGAGGAAUUCGGGAUGGAGCGGCUGAAGCAGGUAUUCACGUCUCAUCCGGUCCGGGAGGCUGACGAGGCCAGCCAGGCCGUUUUUGACGCCGUGAACCAGUUCGCCGGGAAUGUCGCGCAGUUCGAUGACAUCACCUGCCUCAUCUUCCGCCGCAAUGAGACGGUACCAUGA